AUGGACGACUUGUCACCAUUGCAGGACGAAGCACUCGCCAUCGUCUCCAUCUACGGGCCUGCUUCAUUCUACGCCAUUCCCACCGGAAGCAACUCCAAGAAGAACAACAAGUCAACAGUACCGGACACGCCAGUCUACACACUAAAAGUCUCGCUCGAAGAACCCGACUUUGACUACGACCCUACCACAGCCUCCCUCACCGAAGACCUCUCCCGGACAACCAUUGCUAGCAUAGGAGGAGAAGGAGGAGGGAACCACAGGAAAUCCAGCACCAAGGAACUCGAAUUCCGGAUCUACUUCCCCGCAGGAUACCCCGAGACCAACACCACACCACCCGUCCAUGAGAUUGUGAGUAUCUAUUACGGGACCUUGCGUCUUACCGACGCCAUGCUCCGGGAGAUUGACCAGGGGCUCGAGGACUGUUUUGUUCCGGGCGAGGUCGUUGUCUUUUCAUGGAUUGAGUGGUUGAGGACUUAUCUUGAGGACCUCGAAACCCGCGAUGUUCAGGAUGGUGAUCACGGUGAUAAUGGGGAUCUUCUCAACGAGAAUGAAGUAUCUGAAGAGGAUAAAGAGGAUGGUGAGGAUGAUAUGGAGGAUGACCCAUCAUCGCAUGCUUCAGAAGGACAACGAGGUGCAUCCGACUAUUACUUGGCUGACGAUGCUGCUACUGCCUCCUUUGCUGCUGGUCAUAACAACCACCAUCAUCAUCACCACAACCGCCAACCUUCCUCCAACAACCAUAAUGCCGAUCCAAUUAGCCCCAAACUCAGCGGUCAACCGGGCAUCUUCCAGAUCCGUUCAGGAGCUCCGAUUAUUGACCGGAAAAGUGUCUUUGUCGCCCAUCUGGCCCCGAUCCGACAACCGGGUGAAGUCCCCUGGAUGAUCCAGCAGCUGAAGCAGGAGAACAAGAAGGUUAUUAAGGCGACACAUAAUAUCAUGGCCUUCCGUGUCGAGAACGAGAACGGGACCAUUGCUCAAGAUAAUGAUGAUGAUGGAGAGACGGCAGCUGGAAGUCGACUCUUGCACCUCAUGUCUAUCCUAGACGUCAAAAAUGUGGUCGUCGUCGUUUCAAGAUGGUACGGCGGUAUCCCGUUGAGCGCAGAUAGAUUCAAGCAUAUCAACAAUGCUGCGCGUCUGUUGUUGGACGAAUGUGGGUACAUCCCUUCCUCUGGUGGUGGUACUACAGAGGAUGCUGCAGGAUCAGGGAAGAAGAAGUCGAGCAAACCCAACAAGAAAGCCGGUAAACGAUAG